AUGGCGGCAUCUGAUGAUCAAGUGCAAAAAUCCAAGUGAGCAAAAUUACUUGGCCACGGUUUUAACUUCUUUGAUUCUUUAUUCUUGUCAAAAUUAUGCAUUAUGUUUUACCUCUCUGAGAGAAAUGCUAGCAAGAAAUGUUUUUUGGAGCAAAGAAAGGAAGUCCCGCGCGUGGACUGGCUUGGGAAGCAAUAAUCGACCAUCUGAAGGAAAUUCAUUCUCCAAAAUUCCAAAUGAAGGACAAAAAAGCUGUUCGAGAGCGGUGGAGCCUUCCCCGAAGAAAGUUCAGCAAAAAGAUAAGCGAGGAAGUGGGCUUUGGCGAGUGGGAUUUCUGUGGAAGAGUUUACGGAGAAGGAAGCACUGGUCGAGGAGUUAUUCGAGAGAGAAGAUACCAUGCAAGCAAAGACUGAAUCAGCAUCGAAACAACAUCGAAACAACAUCGAAACAGCAACUCAAGGACAACGAGACUGUUGAGGAUAUCAAGAAAAAAGCGAUGGAGAGCCUUAGAGAGACCAAGAAACGCAAUUCAUACGAAGGUGGAGCUUCUCCAGAACGUCGUAAGUCGAGACGUGCAGAACCAUUGGUCGACUUUUUGCGAGAGAAAGCAGCAGCUGAACGCGAAAUUAGACAACAGGAGUUACGUGCAAAACAACAGGAACAGGAAAGUCAACAGCAAAUGAUGAAAGCUACGAUCCUCCAGCAGCAACAAAUGAAUACUGCAUUUUUGACUGUUGUGCACAAGCUACUAGAUAAGUAA